AGAUCAAAUAAAAUUACGUAUCUAUACCGAACAAAAAUCAGUCACCGACGAGAUAGCGUAAAGUCUUGUUCACGUCAAUACCUUUCAAAAUGAGUUUGGAUUAUUUAAAAGACAAGGUUGCAAUUGUAACAGGUGCUAGUGCCGGAAUAGGUGCAGCUACUGUAAAAUCUUUACUAAAUAUUGGAAUGAAGGUGGUUGGAUUUGCUAGAAGAAAAGAGCGAAUUGAAAAGCUAGUCGAUAAUCAUAACGGAAAAUUAUUUGCUCGAAGUGUGGAUUUAACAAAACCGCAAGAUAUUCUCGAUGGUUUUGACUGGGUUACAAAAAACGUUGGUCCCGUCUACGUUUUGAUUAAUAAUGCUGGAGUUUAUGUCUCCACUUCUGUGCUUACCGGAGAAUUAGAUGAAUGGAAAAAAACAAUGGAUACCAACUUUAUGAGCAUCGCCAUCACUUGUAGAGAAGCCGUAAAAAUCAUGAAAAUUAAUAAAAUCGAUGGACAUAUAAUUAACGUUAACAGUGUUGCGGGGUACUAUGAUUUCGGAGAUCCAACUGCAGUUAUGUACAGAGCAUCGAAAUGUGCUUUAGUAACUAUGACAGAAAAUAUUCGAAUUGAACUUGCUAGAAUGAAUAGUAAAAUUAAAAUUACGACGUUGAGUCCUGGAGUGGUAAAAACGGAAAUUGUUUUAGCAAGCGGAUUUUCUCAACAAAUGAGUGAUGGACUUUAUGAGAAAUUACCACAUUUAGAAAGUGAGGAUGUUUCAGAUACUAUUAUUUAUUUAUUAUCUCUUCCACAACGAGUUCAUAUAACUGAAUUGAUGAUAAGACCACUUGGAGAAGAUUUUAAAAAUAAUUCGUAAUGGAAAAGAAAAAAAUUAAGAAGACAUGAUUUGUGGUGUAGUAGUGGUUAAUACAUGUUCAUAAUUAGAAUAAAUAAAGAUAAAGAUAAAGUGAG